AUGCCUAACACCAGAACCAUGGAUGCAAUUGCCCUUAUAUUUGCAAGCAUCUUGGUUAUUGCUGCACCAAACUUUGCACAAGAAGUUAAUGCACAUGAACUUUAUUUGCCAAAUUUAACCGGUGUCGCUUUGCCGCACUUUUUUCAAUGCCUUCGCUCGGUCGUAACCAUCCCGAGGUGUACCGAGGAACUGAUAUUAUCCAUCUUUAGCCUUGAAAUCGAAUUACUUGGUCCCGAAUGUUGUGAUGCACUCUUGAAUGUUGAUGAUAAAUGUUGGCCUAAGAACUUACCUGUGAAUCCUUUUUUUCCAGCGACCAUCAAGAACUAUUGUUUGUCAACAAUAGAUUGA